AUGUGCCGCGGCAUCGGCUACAACCACACGGGGCUGUCGGCGCUGGCGCAGAAGGAGGCCGAGUUCAUGCUGCAGUCGUUCAACCCGCUGGUGCAGUACGGCUGCUCGGCGCAGCUGCAGCUGCUGCUGUGCGCCGUGUUCGCGCCCAUGUGCACCGACAAGGUGGCGGCGCCGAUCGGGCCGUGCCGCGGCCUCUGCCACGCGGUGCGCCGCCGCUGCCUGCCCGUGCUGCAGGGCUUCGGGUUCCCCUGGCCCGCGUCGCUCAACUGCUCGCUCUUCCCGGCCGACAACAACCACGAGACCAUCCUCAUCGCAGCAAUGCUGACAGCAACACUGUUGCCACCACCCAUCGCCGUGCUACCGUGCCCAGGACCGGCCCCUGCGGCCUAUGCUGCCCGCCACGCGGCUCUGUCUCGUUCUCCUCUUGACUGUCCCCACCCGCUGGAGCCGCGAUGCUUGCCUUCGCUCAGCUCUGCUGGUCGUUUGUCAGCCGGGAGCAGGUCCGUCCGCUCCCACGCGGGAGUCUGCAGCCACACGCCGGGCCGACAGAUGCGCCCUGUCGCGACGGACAGCCGCCAUCCAUCACCGCAGCAGCCCUCGCCUCAAUCGUUCUGCCCGGUGUCGUUGCGCAUCGGACAGUCGCAACGCUCCCACCGAACACGUCAUUACUCACGCCAUUCUUCCAGUGACACCUUUCUCAUCGAUCAAGAUCGCAACCUCAUCGUCGUGGUUGUCGUUCCUGAGGGCCCUCCCGGCGUGCCGUCGCGCUGCCAGCCGGCGUGCGACGCGGACGUGGCGUGGGCGGCGGCCGAGAAGCGGCUGGCCGAGGCGUGGGCCACCGGCUGGGCGGCGGUGGGCUUCGCCGCGUCGCUGGGGGCGGCGCUGACGCUGGUGGGUGGCGGGGGCGGCGGCCGCGGCCGGCAGGGCGGGGGCGGCGCCGGCUCCUCGGGGGCGGCGUCCGCGCGCUCGCCGCCGGCCGUCGCCUUCCUGGCGCUGUCGCACAACCUGUGCGCCGUCGGCUGGGCGGUGCGGGCGGCGGCGGGGCGGCGCGCUGUCGCCUGCAGCGCCGCCCACGCGCUGCUCAUGACGCGCGACGGCCUGGCCAACGCCAACUGCGCCGUCGUCUUCCUGCUCCUCUACUACUUCGGCACCGCCGCCUCCGUCUGGUGGGUGGUGCUGUGCCUGUCGUGGUUCCUGUCGGCGGGCGGCGGCUGGUCGGCGGAGCGCGUGCAGCAGCAGUCGUCGCUGUUCCACCUGGCGGGCUGGGGGCUGCCCGCCGUCUGCACCGUCGCCGUGCUCGUCCUCAGGCACGUCGACGCGGACGAGCUGACAGGGUCGUGCUACGUGGGCAACCACAGCGCGCGCUCGCUGCUGGUGUUCGUGGUGGUGCCGCAGCUGGCGUGGCUGUGCGCCGGCUGCGCCCUGCUCGCCGCCGGCUGGCUGGGCUGCCGCAGGCGCCGGGGCGCCGCCGCCAGGAUGAGGACCCUGGGCCCGGACGCCAAGCUCAACCAGGUGAGCGCCGCGCCGCCCCAUCCACCGCCUAUAUGCCAGAACUGCUGUCUUCUGAGUUUUUACAAGAGCAAUAAAUCGUUAUACUGUUAUUACUAA